AUGUCCAGCCAAACAUCUCCUGAGGACUUUGUCUCAGAGCUGCAGCAGCUGAAGCAGCAGCUCAGAGCCACACAACUAAAGUUACAGCAGGAGGCCAACGACUUUGGAGAGAUGCGGAUCCUCUUCAACUCUGCUGUGUCUGACAAGGUCACUCUGAGGCAAGAGCUCACCUCUGCUGAGAAGACCAUCGUAAGACAGAAGAAGAGACUGGAGGAGCAGGACGCUGUGAUAUGUGAUCUGCAGCUGAAGACGAGUGACCACAACUGUGGACGAGCCUGCAGCAGGAGCCGCUCUAAAGCAGCUUCCAUCCAGACAACAGCCCAAGAGAAGGAGCUCAACGAGAUGAAGGAGAUGACUUCACAGGAGGAGGUCUUCUGCCUCAUCAUAGAGAAAGAGCGCAUUCUGAAAGCUCUGGGGAGGCCUGAGGAGCAGCAUGGACACAGGCCACAGAGACCAGCAGGAGUAGGGGACCAGAGGGGAGCGUCCAGGCGCUGUCAACACUAA